AUGUUUUCUAAACGUCUCAACCAAAUUGAAAAUCAUAUAUCUCAAAUGGCUGCAACACAAUCGAUUUUCCAAGACGUUCCUCGUGCCCCUCCUGACAUUAUUUUUAAUCUCACCGCCACAUACAAAGCUGACACCUUUGAACAAAAGGUUAACCUGGGUGUUGGGGCAUAUAGGGACGAUAAUGGAAAACCAUGGGUAUUACCAGUUGUAAAAAAGGCUGAACGAGAGAUUAUAAAUGAUCCCCAAAUUGAUCAUGAGUAUCUCCCUAUUUUGGGUCUUGCAUCUUUUAGACAAGCAUCAAUAAAAUUGAUUCUUGGUGCUGAUAAUCCGGCCAUUAAAGAGAAACGCGUUAUGGCCGCACAAACCAUAUCAGGUACAGGUGCCAAUCAUCUUGGUGCCCUCUUUUUAUCUAGGUUUUAUCGGAAGGCCAAUCAUAAGCCUAUAUUUAACAACGUCGGUUUCGAAGUCAGGGACUAUGCAUAUUACAAUCCAAAGACAAUUGGACUAGAUUUUGAUGGAAUGCUUGACUCUUUAGAUAAUGCGCCCGAAGGAUCUAUCAUCUUAUUGCAUGCAUGUGCUCAUAAUCCAACUGGCGUUGAUCCAACUCAAGAACAAUGGAAGGCAAUUGCAGAUGUUAUGGAAAAAAAGAAACAUUUUCCCUUCUUCGACUGUGCUUAUCAAGGUUUCGCUAGUGGAGAUUUAGACCGUGACGCUUGGGCCGUUCGUCAUUUUGUUGAGCGUGGCUUCGAAUUGCUUGUGUGUCAAUCUUAUGCAAAGAAUUUUGGUCUAUAUGGUCAGCGUGCUGGGUGUUUGACGUUUGUUCUUAAAGAUUCCGAAACUGUCCUUAAAGUAGAGAGUCAACUUUCAAAACUUCAACGUGCUGAAAUUUCUAAUCCUCCGGCAUAUGGCGCUCGUAUUGUUAGUUUGGUACUAAACGAUCCCGCGCUCUUUGAAGAAUGGUAA